CCGCCCGCGAUGCGCUUCCGCGCCAAGAUCUCGGACGCCGGCUGCCUGGCGCACUUCAGCCGCGCCGUGGCGACGGUGGCCAAGCUGGCCAAGGCGUGCGCGCUGCGCCUGACCACCGAGCAGCUGGUCUUCGUGGCGGGCGCCCGAGGGGCCGUGGGGGGCGCCCGCCUGUGGUGCGAGGUCCGCCAGGGGAACGUCUUUGACGAGUUCCAGAUGGAGGGAGUGGCCGCAGAAAAAAAUGAAAUUUAUCUGGAGGUGACGCCGGAAAACUUAUCCAGAGCCUUGAAAACGGCACAGAAUGCGAAGGCGGUGAAAAUCAAGUUGACGAACAAGCACUGUCCUUGCCUCACUGUAGCCGUAGAAUUGCCUUCUUUAUCCAGCACUAGCCGUGUCGUGACUCACGACAUUCCUGUGGGUAUUAUCCCAAGAAAGCUGUGGAAUGACUUCAGGGAACCAAGUGUGCCGGACUUUGAUGUCAGCAUUUAUUUACCAGCGCUGAAGACCAUGAAGAGUGUUGUGGAGAGAAUGAAAAACCUCUCCAAUUCUAUAGUAAUAGAAGCAAAUCUAAAUGGAGAAAUGAACUUGAAAAUAGAAACUGAUCUAGUGUGUGUUACAACCCACUUUAAAGACCUUGGGAAUCCUCCCUGGGGCUCCCAAAAGUCGAGUCAAGAGAGAGAUCCCGAGACCAUGGCCGAGGCCCGCAUUGACAUUAAGAGACUUCUCCAGUUACUUGCAGGGCAGCAAGUGAAUCCCACAAAAGCACUAUGUAAUAUUGCAAGCAAAAGGAUUGUUCACUUCAUCUUGCUCCACGAAGAUGUUUCUCUUCAAUAUUUCAUUCCAGCCCUUGUAUGAAUUGAACAGUUGUUCCAGCUCACCUGUUUUAAAUGCUGCAGUGUCUUCUCAAAGGCGCUGAACCAGGCACAGGAAGACGGAAGACGGGGUGGGAGACACGAGUGCUUGCUAUGCUUGUUUAAACCCCUUUUAUAAUCAGAUUCUGGGCAGAGAACUGUAUAUUUAAUACCUUAUAUUUGGUAAAUAGAAGAAGUAAAAAAAAAUCUGUUUGACUGGGCUAUAUAUUUUAUUAAAGAAACAGUCCAUUAGAUCUUUAGUUAUUCUGGUUCUCCAUGCAGUAAAAGAACUGUUGGUUUUUUCUUUAAAAAAAUCUUGUUUCUCA